AUGCCGCCGUGGGGCGCCGCCCUCGCCCUGCUCCUAGCCGCGAUCGCCCUGCUCGGCCUGCUGGCCCCCAGGCUGCGGCGCCUCGGGAGGCGCGCCGUCGGAGCCAGGACCCUGCCGGGGGCCGGGGGCCCGGACGACGAGGAGGAGGCGGACGGCGGAGGCCCGGCGGACCAGUUCGGCCACGCGCGCGAGGCGCUGCCCGGCGGCUGCAGGCUCAUCUGUAAGCCGUCGGCGCUGGCGCAGUGCCUGCUGCGCGCCUUGCGGCGCUCGGCGGCGCUGGAGCCGGGCCCGCGCUCCUGGCUCUCGGGGCCCCACCUGCAGACCCUCUGCCACUUCGUGCUGCCGGCCGGGCCGGGGCCUGAGCUGGCCCGGGAGUACCUGCAGUUAGCGGACAACGGGCUGGUGGCCCUGGACUGGGUCGUGGGACCUUGCGCCCGGGGCCGUCGAGUCACCAACGCGGGGGGCCUCCCAGCGGUGCUGCUGGUGAUCCCCAAUGCGUGGGGGCGCCUCACCCGCAACGUGCUCGGCCUCUGCCUGCUCGCCCUGGAGCGCGGCUACUACCCUGUCAUCUUCCACCGCCGCGGCCACCACGGCUGCCCGCUGGCCAGCCCCCGGCUGCAGCCCUUCGGGGACCCUUCCGACCUCAAGGAGGCGGUCACGUACAUCCGCUUCCGACACCCCGCGGCCCCGCUGUUCGCGGUGAGCGAGGGCUCGGGCUCGGCGCUGCUGCUGUCCUACCUGGGCGAGUGUGGCUCCUCCAGCUACAUGACCGGGGCCGCCUGCAUCUCGCCGGUGCUGCGCUGCCGCGAGUGGUUUGAGGCCGGCCUGCCCUGGCCCUACGAGCGGGGCUUCCUGCUGCACCAGAAAAUCGCCCUCAGCAGGUACACCACGGCCCUGGAGGACACAGUGGACACCCACAGACUGUUCAGGAGCCGCUCCCUGCGAGAGUUUGAGGAGACCCUCUUCUGCCACACCAAGAGUUUCCCCAUCAGCUGGGACGCCUACUGGGACCACAACGACCCGCUCCGGGACGUGGACGAGGCAGCCGUGCCUGUGCUGUGCAUCUGUAGCGCUGAUGACCCCGUGUGCGGGCCCCCAGACCACUUUCUGCCCACUGAACUCUUUCACAGCAACCCCUACUUCUUCCUCCUGCUCAGUCGCCACGGGGGCCACUGUGGCUUCCUGCGCCAGGAGUCUCUGCCAGCAUGGAGCCACGAGGUCAUCCUGGAGUACUUCCGGGCCUUGACUGACUUCUUCCGAACAGAAGAGAGGAUGAAAGGGCUGAGCAAGCACCGGGGCUCAUUCCUAGGGGGCCGGCGUCGCUGGGGAACCCUGCAGAAGCGGGAGGUCUCUUCCUCUUCCGGUCUGGAUGAGAUCUUCAGCUGGAAGCGAUCAUACACCAGGUGAAACCCGGUAGGAGAACACGCCGUCCUGCACGGGGAACAGAGGACCAGGUGGGGCAAGCAGCUGCAGCUCUUUGCCACUGAUUCAGCCCUUUCUUCUUUCCUGGUCUGUGGAGAGAGAUGGAGCUCGCAGCUAGCGGCUACUUACUUGACCCUGAGCACAACUCCUGCCCAGGCUCUGCUCAACACAUUCCUGCUCAUCCUGGUCAGCAGCUGGACAUUCCUGGUCACUGUCUCCUGUCACCGACCACGUAAGCCAAACACUAGCACCGUUUAAACCCACGGACUCAGGAUAAAACGCUCUCUCGCCAGCAAUGACUACAAGAAGAUGAGUUUCUGUGUCGUUGGGCAGCUCUGUCCCACAUCAAUAAUCAGCUCUGUGACCCUGAUGCUCAAGCUGGAGCCGCUUCUGUAGUGAGGACAGGAAGUUUGAGUCCCACUUCCCUCAUUUCAUUCUGUGGUGGGGGCACCCUGCUGACUUCAUGCAGGUUGUGGCUGGGCCUCGAAGAGCCGCGUGGCUG